AUGGUGGACUUCUGUCAGCAAGAUGUCCAAACUGCUCAAAGCAAGCUGGACCAAAUCAGGUGUGUCUGUCUGGUCGGUGACCGGGGUCACGGCAAGAGCACACUUGUGGACCUCCUCCGCCCGCGGAGCCUCAGGGCCACCGAGGAGUCCGAGGCUCUGAGGUAUCCGAGCCUGUCGACCUCGGAGGUUUCUCCCACAGUGCAGCUGGAAGUGCAGACCCUCCUCUUCGCGGGGAAGGAGGAUGCCAAAGAGCCGGACAUACUCGGCCGCCGGCAGUCGGCCGACAAGACGCAGAAGGUGCUGACCCAGCCGCUGUCCCCCACGAAGCAGAAGACCUUGGAGUUGGAGGUGCAAUCUGUGGUUCGUGCCCAUCGGGUCAUCCGUGCAUUGAAGAACAAGAAGAGUCUCAAGGAAAGCAGGACCGAAGCCCGAAACUCAGUUGGCACUGCUGUUCUCUUGCGCCCGGGCGGGCAGGCUCUGGAGCAUCAUCGGGGCCGGGCCGAGUUCGCAGCUCGCAACUACAUGGCGGUGAGGUUCAAUUGCAAAAGGAUCUUGCAAGUAGAUCGCAUGCAGCUCUUCCACGGUAGGAAGUCCUUGGACGGCAAGUUCCUGGGGACGCGCACAACCACGCUACCAAAAGGUAUCGGACUGCGGCUGCAGGCAGAUGCAGAAGACGAGUCGCAAACUGACCUGGAUCAGCUGAGCAACACGCUCGCUGAGCCUUUGUUGUGCUACUUUAUCGACACACCCGGCCAAAGCAGCCUUUUGGGUGAGGCACAGGCCGCCCUGCGUUUGGCAGACAGCGUGCUGCUGGUGGUGAACCCCGUGGAGGGGCUUUCGCUGCAUGGCGAGGCCCUGCUGCGCCGCGCCGCCGGAGAGCGUCUCCAGGUGGCCUUGGUCUUGAGUCACUUCGACAGCUGCUUGGACGGCCGCUACGAUGCCAAGCAGCUCGAGGAUGCGAUGCACUCCGUCGUGGACCAGGCGAACGCCGUCCUGGCCACGGCUGGGGACGAGGUGACUCGAGGCGAAGCUCGAGUCGCCCCGCUGCAGAUUCCAAGCAUCCGGCCGGAGCUCGGAGACCUGGUCUUCGGAAGCACCACGCAAGGCUGGAUGAUUUCCUUGCCACUGCUGGCUCGGAACUUCAAGGACAGGUACGGCCUGAAAACCACUGUGCUUAGCCGUCGGCUUUGGUGUGCAGGCCGUCGGGCAGGUGUGCAGGCGAGAGGGGCAUGGGCACGCAUGGAGCCUUUGCUGCGGCAGUUGGUACUAGAGCCACUGCUGCAGCUUUGCGCAGCCUUUCGCCGUCAGGACUGGGAGCUCGCCCGCAGCAUGCUUGAAGGGCUGAGGCUUCCAGCCCUUGGCUACGGGGAAAAAUAUCUGGCAUACCACUCGCUGGUCACAAAGAUCAUGAAGCGAUUGGCAGAUGGAGAUGCCAGCCAGGUGAUGUGUCAGCUGCUAGCUCACCGGCUUCCUUCUCCGCGCCAGGCUCAGGGCGCCGGACGUGCUCAGCAUCUCUUCCUCGGAACGCCCGAAGGGGAGGCCGCGACUGCGCUGUGCAACUGCUCGCCUCAGGGGCCACUCAUCUUGGCCGUCGCGCGCCGCAUUCCUGCGGCCACGGUCAAGGGCAGAUCCUACAUGCUGGGCCGGGUAUUCUGUGGCUGUGCAAGCCGGUGCCAGCGUGUGAGGUGCACGGAAAGCGAUGGGAUGGGGACCAAGGGGUUGGGCAGCGCGACAAUCGAGCAGCUGGCGAUGCCUCUUUCCUGCUUCGCUGAGCCUGUGGAGAUGGUUCCAGCAGGAAACCUGGUACUUGUGACGGGCCCUGACCACCUCAUCUUCAAGACCGGGACUUUGCUGGAUGAAAGCCUUCCAAGCGAUUCCGGUUUGGCCAUGGCACCGCAGCUGCGCCCCUUAGUGCGAGUCUCGGUUCGGCCGAAACGCGCAGAGGACCUGCCCAAGCUGGUGAGAGCCCUGCGACAGCUCAGCGCCUGUGAUCCUGCGGCGCGCUGCCGCGCGGAAGAGUGGGGCGAGCAUGUCAUCAGCGGUCUCGGGGAGCUUCACCUCAGCACGUGCAUCAGGGAGUUGGCAGCAGAACUUGCUGAAGAGGUCGAGCUCGUCUAUGACAAGCCUGAGUACGUGACAUCGCGGAGAGGAUUGGGCGACUGGAGCUAUGGUGUAGAGUACAAAGAGACUGUCCGCGCUGCCGGAGCCACCUCGGAGAUCUUGGCGCCCAGCUUUCGGUGUUCUGCCGAAGCAUUGAGCCUGGAAGAGGAACUUUGCCAGGAGCUCGAUGAGGGGGGUCCACUUGUCCGAGCCCGAGCUCGUCAGCGGGCGCUAAUGCUUGCCGAUCGCUACAACUGGGCCUUCGAAGAUAGUCAGAACCUCUGGGCUUGCGGCCCUGCCGAUGGGUGCGGCGCCAAUAUCUUUGUUCGGGGUGACAGCGACUUGAGAGAGGCAGCUGGAGCCGCGAUGGUUGGGGCCUGCCGCUGGGCCUCCGCCGAGGGUGCGAUCUGUGAGGAGCCUCUGCGAGGCAUCCGCUUCAACCUCGGCUUUACCUCGCCACCAGGGCAGGGCAGCAACCAGGAUCCAGCGAACGCCUCCGUUGCGGCCAGCUUUCGCUGGGCCCGAGACUGCAGCGCUCUCGCUCGACGCGUUCUGCUGGCAUCCGCCUUGGACAUGGCAGCUGAACCGGGCCUUCAGGAACCUUGGUCCCUGGCAGAGGUGAUGCUGCCCGCGAUGGCACCUGAGAAGGUCGCACACUUGUGGGGUCUGCUGUGUGGGGUCCGUGGCCUGGUUUUUGAGGCACACUGCGAUCCGGAUGAGGAAGGAAGGAGGGAGCAAAAGUGGUGUUUCGAGCUCCCCACCCUGGAGCUCGUCGCCCUUGAGCCUCGGCUCAAUGAGGUUCUUGGCGGCUCCGUGGUGAUCAAGGACUGCUUUCUCCGCUGGGUCACGCUUCCAGGGUCCUUCCUGGGCGAAGAUUCGAAGAGCAGCUACCUCAAGAGCGUUGUGCUCGGCCUUCGCCGGUGGCGCCAAUUGAGCCCAGCCAUCCCCGGCCAGGAGGACAUCCUUGCAUCAACCUUGUAA